AUGAGUAUAGAAGGUUCAAAGGAAUUUACGAGUGAUUAUGGUCUGGGCGGCGAACACGACAUGUUGAAUUCCGAACAGUGUUACGGAUUAAAUAAAGAAGUUCCUUCAGCGGAAUUGUUGAACAUUCAAGCGAAGAAAGCCAGCAGAAGAGGUAAGAUGUCGCAUGUUACCAAACUGUUGAACAAUAUAUACAAGUUAAUCGAAACCUCAGGCAGUAUCAGAGAACUUGAUAGAGUUAUUAACUCAUUUAAUGAAGCGUUCAGUGGCUUUGUAAAGCGCCAUGACGAGUAUAUUGCUGUUUUGACUAGCGAAGUAGAUGAGAUAGAGAUUGAUUUGGCGACAGAUAAACUAGUUGAGAUUGAAGAGAAAAUCGCGAACUGUAAAUUGAAGGCAGAACA